UCAGAUGAGCUCGCGCAGCGCACAGAGAUCCCCGCAUCACACCGCACUGCACUACUCACGCGCCCGGGGGAUUUUUUUGUAUGUGUGACUGACUGUGUGUGUAUGUAUGUGAGACUUCUGCAAUGAUGUGUGUGCAUGCGCGUGCGUGCGUCUGUACACAGAGAGAGCGUGUGUGUGAAAAGCGCGAGCACUUAUUCCGUUCCUGACCCAGUCGCGCGCGCACACACACGCCGGACCGCAGGAGCGGUACACUAGGAUACGGAGAUAACUCUCUCACACAUAUGAACACACUCACCGGUCUCUCCUGAGGUACGCGACAGGGACAUUGGAGAAAUCAUUCCCGGGAUGAGGUUCGCGCGCCAGAGCGCUUCGGGAUUCUUAUGGAUUGAAUGAGGAGAGCUCGAGGAAGAUUUCAGAGCGCGCGCACAGGAGUCAUAGCCUGGUGUUCCGAGGUUUUAUACUUUGGGGAUUUAAUAGAAGGGCGCUCGCGCUGCUUUCUCUAUAAACAAAGUUAUAACAAAUUUAGAACUCUUUUUAACUCAUUAGAACUCCACUGCACGCGACUUCUGGAUUACAGGAUCGUUUCAAAUUUGCCUUAAUUAAUUUUUGUCCCGGUGUAUGGAGGUUUUGUCCCGGACUAAAGCUGCAGGACUGUAGGCUCGGCUGUUCCCCCGCUGCGCGUCUCCGCACUUCAGAAAUGGAUUAUUGGCUGAUUUUUUGCUGCUUUUUGCUGCGCGUGACUUCCGCCGUGGAAGAAACAUUAAUGGACAGCAAAUGGGCCACAACAGAGCUGGCAUGGACCUCACAUCCUGAAACAGGGUGGGAGGAAGUAAGUGGCUAUGAUGAUGCCAUGAACCCGAUCAGAACGUACCAGGUGUGUAACAUCCGUGAACAAAACCAGAACAACUGGCUGCGCACUGACUUUAUUCCACGAAAGGAUGUGCUGCGCGUGUACGUGGAGUUGAAGUUCACUGUGCGGGAUUGUAAUAGCAUACCCAACAUUCCCGGCUCCUGCAAAGAGACUUUUAACCUUUUCUACUAUGAGUCUGACUCUGACUCUGCCACCUCCACCAGUCCGUUCUGGAUGGAGAACCCGUAUGUCAAAGUGGACACCAUCGCUCCAGACGAGAGCUUCUCUGCACUGGAGUCAGGACGGGUCAACACUAAGAUCCGCAGUUUUGGUCCACUCUCCAAAAGUGGAUUCUAUUUGGCGUUUCAGGACCUGGGAGCUUGCAUGUCGCUCAUCUCCGUACGGGUGUUUUAUAAAAAGUGCUCCACUACCAUUGCCAACUUCGCUGUCUUCCCUGAGACGGCAACGGGAGCUGAGGCCACGUCGCUGGUGAUUGCCCCUGGGACGUGUGUCCCUAACGCUGUAGAGCUGUCCGUGCCUCUGAAGCUUUACUGCAACGGAGACGGGGAGUGGAUGGUUCCUGUUGGUUCCUGCACCUGCAUGGCCGGAUUUGAACCUGCCACUAAAGAAAGACAGUGCCAAGCAUGCAGUCCUGGUCUGUUUAAGUGGAAGCAGGGCGAAGGGCCGUGUACCCCGUGUCCUCCAAACAGUCGCUCCAUUUCUGCAGCUUCAUCCAUCUGCAGCUGCAGGAAUGGAUUCUACCGAGCCGACAGUGACACGCCUGAAACAGCAUGCACCGCGGUGCCGUCUGCCCCCCGCAACGUCAUCUCGAAUGUGAACGAGACGUCUCUGGUGCUGGAGUGGAGCGAGCCGAAGGAACUGGGUGGUCGCGAUGACCUCCUCUACAAUGUCAUCUGUAAGAAGUGUGUGGCGGAGCGCGGAGCGUGUACACGCUGCGACGAUAACGUGGACGUGUCUCCGCGACACCUGGGACUGACGGAGCGGCGCGUGGCCAUCAGGAACCUGCAGGCGCACACACAGUACAGCUUCGAGAUCCAGGCCGUCAACGGAGUGUCCAAUAAGAGCCCACAUUCACCACACUACACCUCCGUCAACAUCACCACCAACCAAGCUGCUCCAUCUGCAGUUCCUACAGUGCACCUAAUGGGGGCGUCUGCAAGCACCAUGAGCCUCUCAUGGCUUCCACCAGAAAAACCAAAUGGAAUAAUUUUGGAUUAUGAAAUUAAGUAUCAUGAGAAGGAUCAGGGUGAGGCAAUCUCACACACCAUGACGGCUCAGCGCAGCUCGGCACGGAUCGAGGGGCUAAAGGCAGCGACAGCAUAUGUGGUGCAGGUCCGAGCCAGAACGGUGGCUGGAUAUGGUCGCUAUAGCAACCCAACACACUUCAGCACCAACCAUCAAGUGGACCCAGAGAAGUCUCUGCAGGAACAGCUCCCUCUGAUUGUGGGCUCUGUGACGGCCGGUCUAGUCUUCAUCAUUGCGGUGGUUGCAGUCUCCAUCGUCUGCCUCAAGAAACAAAGGAACGGCUCUGAGUCUGAGUACACUGAGAAACUUCAGCAAUACAAAUCCCCAAUAGUAAGCGCCGGAGCGAAGGUGUACAUUGACCCCUUCACCUACGAGGACCCCAAUGAGGCCAUCCGUGAGUUCGCUAAAGAGAUCGACGUUUCCUGUGUGAAGAUCGAAGAGGUCAUCGGUGCAGGGGAGUUUGGUGAAGUGUGUAGGGGUCGUUUGAAGCUCCCUGGGCGGAGGGAGAUCAUUGUGGCCAUUAAGACGCUGAAGGUGGGCUACACAGACCGGCAGAGGCGGGACUUCCUGAGUGAAGCAAGCAUCAUGGGACAGUUCGACCAUCCAAACAUUAUCCGGCUGGAGGGCGUCGUGACCAAGAGUCGGCCCGUCAUGAUCCUCACUGAGUUCAUGGAGAACGGCGCACUCGACUCAUUUCUACGGCUGAAUGACGGACAGUUUACAGUGAUCCAGCUGGUCGGAAUGCUGCGUGGAAUAGCGAGUGGGAUGAAGUACCUGUGUGAUAUGAACUAUGUACACCGGGACCUUGCAGCCCGUAACAUCCUGGUCAAUAGCAACCUUGUGUGUAAGGUGUCUGACUUCGGUCUGUCCCGCUUCCUGGAGGAUGACCCCAAUGAUCCUACGUACACCAGCUCUUUGGGAGGAAAAAUUCCGAUCCGCUGGACGGCUCCAGAAGCGAUCGCGUACAGGAAGUUCACGUCAGCAAGCGACGUUUGGAGCUACGGAAUCGUCAUGUGGGAAGUGAUGUCAUAUGGCGAGCGGCCUUAUUGGGACAUGAGCAACCAGGAUGUAAUUAAUGCAGUGGAACAAGAUUAUCGCCUGCCCCCGCCCAUGGACUGUCCCACAGCUCUGCACCAAUUAAUGCUGGACUGCUGGGUUAAAGAAAGGAACCUCCGACCCAAAUUCUCCCAGAUCGUCAACACUCUUGACAAAUUAAUCCGUAACGCUGCCAGUCUCAAAGUGGUGGCCAACACGCCGUGCGGAGCGUCACAGCCCCUGUUGGACCGCAGCGUUCCUGAUUACUCCACCUUCACCACAGUGAGUGAUUGGCUGGACGCCAUCAAAAUGAGCCGCUACAGAGAGAACUUCCUGAACGCCGGCUUUGCCUCCUUCGACCUUGUCGCUCAGAUGACAUCAGAGGAUCUUUUGAGGAUAGGUGUGACACUCGCCGGACACCAGAAGAAAAUUCUCAGCAGCAUUCAGGACAUGAGACUGCAGAUGAACCAAACGCUGCCCGUGCAGGUGUGAGACAGGAAAAAGGGGGCGGGGCCAAAUCCAGAGCUUACCAAUGACAGCAUAGAAACCCCUGGCUGCCUCACCAAUCAGAAGAAAAAAAAAGCUCACGGUGCCUCAUGACUGUUCCUGUGUCCGAUACCCCGCCCUACUCCCUAUUCCCUCGACACGCCACAGUGCAUUAUGGGUAAUCUGCCUUCCUUCCUUUGGACACUCGCAGUGCAUUGCGGGAUUUUCUAAGUGCACAAGACGAUCUCAGAAAUGGAUUACGGAGUGGCUCACAGCCCAAAUAGCGCCCUGUGUAGCGAAUAGGGUGUCAUUUCGGACGUACACUUUCUCAACUUUUACAGUUAUUUUAUAGUUUGUUUGUUUUUAUUUUUAAGGACACUCCAGGCUGCAUGUGUGAUUUUAAUUAGUUUGGAGAUGCAUUCACGUGGGACACGCCCCCUUUUUCCUGAGCCCUGUCACUUCUUCUUGAACACUAAAGAUGGAGGAGGUGAAAAGUUUGAUGAUCUUCAGUUGUUCUAAAGUCUGAAAGAAAACUGACGAGGAGAAAGAUUCCUCCAUCCAUCUAGUGCUAGAAUAUGUUUUAUUAUGUGUGCGUGUGUUUUCAUCUUCAUAUUGAAGGUGCUUUAUCGGGAGAGACAACACACGGCCCGGAGGCCACAAAACUUUAUUUGGAAUAACCCAUUCUACUUUUUAAUUUCACUUCCUGUUGUCUCUCGGGUGCUUCCCUUUUAGGAUCAGACCAUUAUUUACUAAGUUACCCAGAAUGCAUUUCUGUGUUUAGAUACAAAACUAGGAAGAGAUUUGAAACACUGAUUAGUAUUCUUCAGUAUUUUAUUUUUCAAAAUGACCUGUAUGAUCAGGAUAAUGAAAACACACUCUGAAGUGUGGCCUUGUCUGUAACCCGUGUGUGUGUGUGUGAGAAAGAGAGAGAAAGAGCGUGUGAAUAAGUGAGUUAGUAACUGAAUAUGCACAUGAUUACUGUACAUUACUGCUUUAGCUCCACAGUUGGCGAAUAAAACCCGCAUGUGAUGAAAAGCAAUUAUAUUUCAAUCAA